AUGGAAGAAUCUGCAUCUUCAGUUAGUCCAGAGCUUGUCUCUUUGACUUUUGGGGCCUUUGUUUCUCAGAUUGUUAGAGACUAUGAAGAUGAAGUAGAAAUCAAUAAACAGAUUGAAUUGCUUGGAUACAAUAUAGGAGUGAGGCUCAUUGAAGAAUAUCUGGCAAAAACACGAACUCGGUCUUUAAAAUCCUUUAAGAGCUCAUGUGAGAAUAUAGCUUCGGUAGCCUUUCCUAUGUUUAUUGGGAUUACGGCGUCUGUUGAUAACUGGAAUGAAGACGAGCAAUCAUGUAUCCUAAAGUUCGUUUCAAACCCGCUAUCUAAUUUUGUGGAGUUACCAGAGGAGUUCUCAAAGUUACAAUACAACGCAGUAUAUUGUGGAAUAAUCCGUGGUGCACUAGAGAUGGUGCAUAUGAAGGUGGAUUGUAAUGUUAUUCAGGACACGCUAAAAGGAGAUGAUGUGAACGCGAUUCGCAUUCGUUUCAUUGAAUAUCUUGAGGAUUCAACUCAGUAUAUGUUAAAUGAAGAGUGGGGUUGUUUGUUUUCAUAUUUUCGAACUUUUCGGAAUGGAUUCUAUUGGAAUACGAUUGUUAUUCAAGUGUGUGAUAGUGAAGGAGGAGCUGUUCACUUUCGUGUGAAGAGCAAUACAAAAAUGAAAAAAGUUUUCAAAAACUACUCUCAGAAAAUGGGUCGUGAUCAAAGCUAUUUUCGAUUUAUGUAUGAUGGCAGAUCUAUAGGUCAGGACGAUACACCUGAGUCUUUGGGCAUGGAAGAUAACGACCGCAUCGAUUGUGAGCUGGAACAGAUUGGUGGUAAAUAGAGAUUUUGUUUGUUA